GCGACCGCCCAGCGGACUGACGCGGCCGGAGCGGCGCCAGGCUGAAUUUCCCGACCUGGGCGUGAUCUCGCCGCGGCAACCCAACACUAACUUAUCGCCAUCCGCCAGGGAACCGGAGGGCGACUUUUCGCUUCUGCCUCGCUUGCCAGCCUCCACGCUUCAUAGCGUCUUCGUACUGCCCACCACCCCCCUGCCCGGCUGGAUGCCAGUAUCUCCGAUGGAUCUACCCCACCCGUGGUGAUUACAACCGACCUGGAAGCCUUCUCCUUUCUCCUUAAACCACGUUGACCGUUACCUUACCCGGCCAAGGCUUCAGUGACGUGAUACCAACUCCCUCAUGCUCCGUCUUGCUGGCAGAUCCUUGCCUAGUCAUUGAAUAUCUGCCUUCAGGUGACUGCUCUGACCAUCGGACCUGCGCCUCCCCCACUUCUUGUUCGAAACCUGCUUUAUACCGCGACCAUUGGGUAAUCGCCCUGUAUCUCCUGUAUCUCCUUGCCAAUGGAGGGCGUCCGCCAGUCGUGUCGGCCAAAGCAUCAGGUCUUGGUCCUGAAAUGCUACCCACAAUAUCAGAAGGGGAUUCCCGAAGUCAAACCGAAUCCCAGUGAACUUUCCUAUUUGCUCUACUAUGCGAGCACUCGUCGCAGUAAGCUGACCAAGGUCGGCGCUUUCCUGGAGAAACGGGCCGCCCGGGAUGUCUGGCGCCGCAAGAUCGGCAAUGUACAGGUGACCCUUCAGAUCCUCACUGCGCUGAUCGAGAAAGUUCCCCGCGAUCUCCCAAUCUACGCCCGAUCGGUGUUGACCGUGAUCGAAACGGUCCUGCGCUCCCGGGAUAUCACGAUUGUCGAGGACUCGAUCGCAACGUUCGAGACUUUCUGCCGCCAUCAGGAUAUGGCGGCGCUGUCGGCGGAACAGGACUUUGCGACUCAGUACCGCGAAGUUGUACGGACAUAUGCGAGCCUUGCUGAGGUCGAUCCCAUUCAGCUGGACCCUGCUGCCAGUGGCCCAUUGGCGAUACGGUGGAGGAAUGCGGGACUACGUGCGAUCAAGGGCGUAGUCAGUUCUGAGGCGGGAUUGGCUGCUGAUGGCGGAGAUUCGCUGAGGAUGAUAUUGCCCGUGAUUCUGGAGAACCUGUGCAAAGGGGAUGAGGAUGUGCUUGCAUAUCUGGAAAACCAGCUCCUAGAAUCGGAAAAGAGCAGUGAAGCAGACCUCGCGCACCGGCGGCGAGUUAGCAACGCGACCGUCCAGACCGUCGACACUGUGAAUGGCGACCCGGCAUUGGCUUCUCAAUCCGCGGCUGAUGCGGACAAGAAAGCGGAAAUGGAUGUGAGGCUUCUCGCACUCCGCUGCCUCGAGCGCAUUGUUGUUACCGGAAGCAGCCGCGGCCAGAUUCGCGUGACAACCAAAAUUGUGUUGGAUUUCAUCCUUCGCAGGAAUCGAGCCACCAAUCUAGGCCUGUCCAUAAACUCAAGAGAUAACUGGGCUACGUCGUUGAUCGAACUUGUCGCAAAAUGGUGUCCGGUGCAGGUCCGUUUCAUCAUCUUGGUAGCCGCCAUGGAGCUUCUGUUCGAUAUUACGCCGAGAGAAGAGACCCUGGAUGAGCCUUUCACCGUUGUCUACAUGAUCGACUGGCUGCUGAAAUCACCGGUGAAUAUGAUUGGACUAAGUGUCAUCGAUAUUCUUUUGGGUCUCUUGCAGCACAUGUCGCUUUUGCUGUCGCCUGCGGGUACGGAGAAGCCAACCGAACCAUCCGCCAAGAGAAGGGAACUGCUCGCUCUCUUUCAGAGGUCCAUUGGAAACCUUACUACACACAUCUAUUACGGCGACCAAGUCGUGGACAUGAUCCGAGUGAUUUUGACUCGGAUCAAGCCUUCAUCUCCCAAUGAUCAGCCUGGACAAAUUCAGGUCGACUCUCCCGGUGCCGCCUCGCAGACCGGUAGUCUUUCUGGGGAAUCCAGCGCGGUAGCCUUUUCAUCCCCUGGCGGUAGGGUUGCCGCUCUGAGAGCCAUCAAGAACAUUCUCUUGGUCGCGAAUUCUCGCAAACCCGCCGCUGUGGCUGGCGUGGAGUCUCGGAACCACGUGGGAAUUCAUGUCUGGGAAGGGACUCAGUGGCUGUUACAGGAGCGUCAAGGUGAUGUGCGCUACGCAUACGCGGAUGCGUUACUGUCCUGGUUGAAGCUUGAGACGAACCAGAGCGAUUUGAUGGUUAAGGACAAGUACGCGAAACCCACCAGCCCGAAGCGGGAGCCAACGGAUGCUGGCGAACGGCCUGGAAAGCGAUCUGUUUCGACUGGGGUGCAGAGGGAGAAGGCCGCAAUCGCUGCGCAGCUCAACUUCCUCCGCAUGCUCCACCUGACUCUCUACGACAUUGCGCUCGAGAGCCCUACCCGCGUCUCCGAAAUCCGGUUCCUCCAUUUGAUCUUGACGAAUCUUGUCGAGAAACUCGGCGUAAACGCCGCUCGGUUCGGGCUUCCCAUGGUGCUCAAGCUUCAAGACGAUAUGAGCACCGCUCAAAGCCUGGCCUCGGGAUCUGCCAAGGUGCAUAUCGGAAGCCUGGUCUAUGGGUAUCUGUGGGCCUUGUCUGAGCGAUUCGAGCUGGAAGCCUCACCGAUGGGCCUCGCUAUUCAGAAUGAAAUCUUGAACAGGCGCAAGCUCGGUCUUUGGCUUGACCACAUCCGCUUGCCCGCGGCUGAUCUCGAUCAUAUCCUACAAGAUGGCGAAUCUCAUGCCAUGGCCGAUAAUGUCAAGGGCGCAGACCAGAUGACCGCGUUCGCGGGCGAUAUUGAGCCCUUUGUCCGGGGUAUCGAACAUGCAUACAAUCAAGCCGCGCUCACCUCUGCCCACAGCCCCCCGGGCUCUCCAUCACGCAGCUUAACCAUGCCCGUUUUGGAACAUGGUUCUGUUCCUUCUCAACACAACCAUCUUUUGCCACCCCUCAUUAGGGAGCAGAUGCUCUCGGCAUGGUCUCGAGAAUCAUGCUUGGCUGCUGCGGAGCGGGAGAAGAACGAAGCGUUGUCUCUCUAUGGCUCCAGAGUUGGAACAACAGCCAUGCGCAGCCAUGUUUACCUCAGUGGGGCGGAGAACAGUUCACCUUCGAAUAGCUCCCCCACAUCCGCACACCAGAGUGCAGCCGGCCUGCACAAUGCGCGUCGGAUGAGCGUUCCUGAAUCCGCCAGGGCACAGGUUCAGGGCUCUUCUAGAGAGUCUCCUGUCCACGUUAAUGACCUGCGGCGCGUUCUUUCGAUCAACGAUCAGGACAAAAUGCGACGGCUGAGUCCGCUGCGCGGUCGCCUGGAUGCUUCCAACCGCAGCGUUAUCUCGUCCAGCAGCGAAAGCAUGGUCAGCGGUUAUUCCUUGUCUGAGAUCGACGGGGAUGGAGCGUCGAUACGGCCCCAGUCCACCCGAGACGGACAUGUAGAUGGAGACGGCAUGAUCACCCCGAGAGGUUCCAGCUUGGCGUACAUGGAGAAUGGACAGGCCUACUACAUGGCUGAUGAUAUUCCCCCCGUGCCUCCGAUUCCCGCGUCCUUGACCAUCUCCGGGGGUGCUUCGAAUGACUCGCAACGCUCCCUGGCUUCUGACCGACCAUCCACUGCCCCGGGGCCGCGUCGCCUGCCGGUAGCGAACGGUAAGCCAGGCACGGCUGGCGCACCUCACCACGGCAAGUCUCUCAGCAAGCAUAAGAGUCGGUCGAGCACGGGGCUCGCAGCUGCAGCCGCUGACGGUGAAUACCCGAGAAGCCAUGGAUAUGACGGCGUGCCUGACAUGGGCGACUCGGACAAUGCUCAGCGACGAGACGUGCAGAACCUGCUGAACGGGUUCCUGUCGCCGGCGCAUGCCGAGUCGCGCAACGGCACCGGCAGGCCCCGUGGUGCCAGUCGACGGGGUGUGACGGGCGGAAUCGGGCGUCCACCAUAUUGACAUGUUUAUUUCCAUCUCUCAUUUCGCUCUCUAUACCUCACUUUCGUCCUUCUCUCCAUACUUUAUUUUCAUUUUUUAUUUCAUCUUGUCUUCUUUUCCCGGGUCUUCCAACGGUUCGAGUCAUGAUUGUCGAGACCCAUGAUAUAUCCACCUUCCUUCACUAGUCUGUUUGUAUCCUUCCACUCCCUGUGCUAUAUGCACGACCAAUUUCCUUUGUGUCCUUAUGCCAUGACGGGCCGUCCGUGGGUCGUGGCGAUAGAGCUGUACUGUGUACACUGCAUGAGGUGUCCUUUCUUGUUGUUUGCGUUGAUUUGUUGGAUAUUAUGCUGCUGCAAUUACAUCAUGUUAUCGGUUGUACAGGUGGUCUAAUCCAUCGGUUAUGUAGCACAUAGUGUAUGUUAAUACCACUAUCACCAUUGUCACUACCCCCAGCCAGCACUGGACGUGUCGUAAGACAUAAACGAACCGGGUAUAUCAUAUAGAAACGCAUCACUGG